GCCACCAGCUGCCUAGUAUACUGCAAGUGCUAGCUGCAUACAUAUAAAGCAGACUUACAUGGAGAGACUACACAGGCUGAAGGACAUGUAUGCUACAAACACAGCAGCCCAAAGCCCGUCAUGCCUGCCGCCACAGAAAAGAACUCCAGGUGCUGGGAAAAAAGACCAGAAAUAUACCAUCCAGGUGCCAGUGGUGAAUUCACAUGCCAGAGAGUAAGAAGACAUCUUAUUUUAAAUAUGAAGAUGAUUUUGAUCUACAUCAUCAUCGCAACUCCAGCAAUGACCGCUGUGGCACAAGGGUCUUCAGAAUGCAAUCUAACUGAACCUGGACCCCAGACGUGUUUUGGAGUUUUAGGAGAACCACUCGUUUUUUACAUACCUACUAAACCACAUAUGAAGACAAGCUUGAAAAAGAGUACAGAUAACAUUUUAACCUUAAUAAAUGAUAAAUUAUUUGUUCUCAAUGAAAAAUACAAGAAUCGUACUACAGUCUCCACAAAUGGAACAUUGAAGCUCGAAAAAGCAACAAAACAUGACUCUGGAGAGUACAACAUGGAAACACACAGUUCUACUGACGGUGUGUUAUUGCACACAGUUAACAUCCAUCUACAUAUACUCGCUCCUGUGUCAGAACCAGCUGUAUCUCAGGUGUGUUUGUCACGCAAACAGAUGACAGUCAGCUGCUCCUCUGAAGGAGAUGAAGCAGAAUUAAUUUUGUCUGUGGACAAUAAGACAAAAUUACAGCCUACAGCCAACGGUAAAGAAAACAACAACAUUUCAAAUGUCACCAUCAACUUACCUGGUCAGCUGAUGGGAAACCUGACAUGUGUUGCUCAAAACAUUGUCAGCAGAGAACAAACAAUCAUCCACCUUACAAGCUGUGCAGCUCUUGUGUCAAAACCUGCUGUAUCUCAGGUUUGUUUGUCACCAGAACAAAAGACAGUCAAUUUUUCCUCUGAAGGAGAUGAAGUAGAGUUCAUCUUGCUUUUAGAUGAUAACCUGUUGAUAAAAACCCAACCCAAGAUUGCAGAAAACCACAGCAUUUCAAAUGUUACCAUCAGCUUACAUGGUGAACUGAUGGGAAAGCUGAUGUGUAUCGUCCAAAACAAUAUAAGCAGAGAACAAACCAUCAUCCACCUUAUAAGAUGUGCAGGUACAAAUUCUCCAGUUUCUGUGGUGAUUGUGGUUGUACUAACAAGUGUUGCCGCUCUACUUCUCACUUUACUUUUUACUGUUAAUAAAGAUGUUGCUGUAAAUAACAUUUUUUACUCCAAAAUUGUAUAUGAAGAAAACAUCACUCACACAAAGGUCACAGCCAGAUAAGGGAGUCAGUCUGAGGGCUUUCUUAUUUGGAGGAAACAGUGCGAACUAAUUUUUGCCUCAUAACUUUUGCACUGUCCACUUCCUGCUGUGACAAAACAAAUUUCCCACGUGUGGGACUAAUAAAGGUUAUCUUAUCUUAUCUUAUCUUAUGAACCACCACGCCACCAUGCUGCCUCUGCUCAUACAUUAUUACUUAUUUACAAGUAGAUAAUCUGCACAUUUAUAAUUUUUAUUCUUUUUAAUAAUGUUUUACAGUUCUGCUUGGUAGUGUAUGUUUUGAUGUGUAUGAUAAAAUAUAGAUCAUAUGAGAUAUCCUUGGAUAUUAAAACAAGGCUCUGGUCAGCAGUGUUGGUGCUUUGCCUACAUUGUGUUUUGUUUAGAAAAUGUGAGCCGUGCCUCAAGCAUCAUAGCUACUCUUCACAAUGUGACCUUAGAAACCACAAACUAUAUCCUGUUUUCACUGAGCUGCUAAACCACCACUGCUGUAGCUGCACAGAGGUCAGUGUGCAACUACAGAAUCGGUAUCAUGCAUAACAAUGGCUUGUUUGUUCAUUAUUACAAAUCAUAGUAGAUGAUCCAUAAUAAUAAAUGCUCACUCAUUCUUAUGAAGCAACAAUAAGAAAAACAUGAAGGGCACACGAGGCAGCUGGCAAUGAAUUUACACAUUAUCCUGUUUCAUUGUGGAAAGAACUCUAAUUGACUAAGUAACAUUUUAAUUAAAAUAUUUUAUGUGACACAAAUGCAGCAGUGAUAAGAAUGUUUGUUGGUUGUUUUAUCCAUAAAAGUUAUUACAACAAAAGCAAGCAUAACAGAUAAGAGAAAUAAUGCUGCAUUUUACUUAAUACACAAGUUGAUUUUUUCUUUCUUUUUUACAUUUUCUUUAUUUGUAUUACUUUAUCAUUAUCAAUUGGUCUGUGACAAUCUGUAAUGUUGGCUAGUAUAGGGAAAGAACAGUGCAAGACAAGACGAAGCUUGAUUUGCAUUUAAUGCAGUGAUCAGCACUGACCACAUGAUGGGGCCAAAAGCAUUUCUAUUAACUAACAGUGUGAAAGUUUCAUAUUAGAUACAAACAGUAAUGAUCAACUGACAGUGUGUUUUACAUUUGCCUGUUUUUUCCAUCUUUAGUGCAACAUGACCUUAAAUACAUUUGGGUAAAGUGUGCUUUUCCUGUAAAAAAUAUAUAUUCCAGUUGAUAACUAUUUUUUUAAAGGCUUAAAUGGCAUCAACCAUCAGUGACAGCUCUUCAUGUCAGUUUUUUUUUUUCCAGUGGAGUAAAAUAUUUACCACAUUUUUUUUCUUUCAAGCUUCAUGAAGGAAAACUGUCAUCUGUCACUUGUCGGGUUGAAGGAAGUAACUGAGAAAGAAAAUGGACAGGACGGCAGAGUUUAAUGGGUGAAAAUUUAGCGUACAUAAUUUCUUCAAACUCACUCUCACAUCAUUAUUUACACCACAGAACACUACAGUUGAAACCACAUCCUUUUAUUCCCCAGAUGUUAAGUCAUCUUGUCUAUAUUGAGCCUGCACUCUUUUGUUAGUUGUUCAUUUCUUUGUUUUGUCCAGGUUUUCUUAAUAUAGUUUUUCAUUUUCUUCAAUACACGUACAUUUUCUCACUUCUCAUGAAUAUCAGAGUAUCCCUCAGUACUUUUCUGUUUUUUCAUGUGUUUAAAUGUAAAAUACAAUUUACAAAACUAUUAUAUUUCAUUCACACUCAUCUGUACAUUCCAUGAAGUGACCUAGUCUGCAAAAAAUCAGCAUCUCCCUUAAAUUCUUUGUACCUGUUGAUUGAUAAUUCAACAUAUCUGCCAUGGAAAAGGAUUAGAAGAUUGAAUUAGAAGAUUUUUAUUUACUUUUUACAAAGACAUUUUCUGAGGAUAAGCAAAACAUUGCAAUGCAUUGGGGGGUUUCUCAUUCUCUCUAACGUCCAGUAUCAUUUCUACCAGCUUCCACUGGCUGAGACAGAGGUGAAGGAUGGGUUUUUGUCACUUCUCAAGCUUCCACUGAUUCAAGAUGGGCUAAUUGGACUGUAGCUUAUAGGAAAAAACAAAACAAGCCAACAAAUAAGCAAAAAAACAAGAGAAGACAAGCCCCCAGACAAGCUCCUGCUCUGUAGGACGUGACAAAACACUUUACCAUAUACAGAUGACAUGCACAUUAAUAUAACCAAGCAUGAGUGAGAGCAAAGUGAAAUAUGAAAACAGUGCUGAAGGAGAAAAAAUAAUCAAAAAUGCAAAAAUUAAAUAAUAAUGUAA